AAGGGAAUACAUGUUUUGUUGAGCUGAAUCUGAAAUCAAAAGGAUCUUGAAGAAUUUGGAAAGCCCAGGAUUUUGUUUUAGGCAUCUAAAUGGAUUGAAUUACAACUCCCAUUAUCCCCAGUCAGCACAGUCAUGCCAGAUCAGAUGAUGAGAGGAUGAGAAUUUGUGACCUUCGCAGUGCAGCUGAGCUACAGACCACCACAAUCCCAGGCAGCAUAGCCUAAGUGAAAGAUGUUGACAGAUGGAAUCCAACAAUUUCUGGAAAGACAAAAGGCUUCCAACUUUUGAACCCUAUCUAUCCACCUAUGCAGAUCAGAAUCAUGGAUUCAAGAAAAGUUUUUCUGAUGCUCAUCUGGUUGACAACAUCUUCAUGUCAGCUCUGGAGGACAUCAGGAAUGACAGACAGGCGGCAACCCCCUCCUGCUGCUUCCUUUCUGGAACAACUCUUGAAGAUUGGUGGAAGAGUAAAUGGUAGAGCCACUCGGGAAUCUGAUCUGGGAUUAGAGGAAAGACCCUCCACAUGGGCACAAUUGGUGCAAGAAAGAGAUCAACUGAACUUGCUCAGAAGCAGCUCUGUUCCUGGACACCGUGUGCCCCGACAAGUGUUGGCUUCACCUCCUGCCCGUGGAUGCCAUCUUGGAACUUGCCAGAUCCAGAACCUGGCCAAUCUACUUUACCGUUAUGGAGGCAAUAACCAAAAAGAAGAAUCCCACAAGAACAACAAGGGAACAAAUGAUCCCAUGGGCUAUGGGCGGAGGAAACGCAGGGCAGCUGGGCAUGGAGUAUCCAGUCCCACUUAAUAGAUGUUCUGAGGAUGAGAGAAAGAUAGGCACCCACAUGAAUCAGGUUCUGGACACCUGCAAAGAUCAGAGAAAGAGGCUGGAUGAUCCCAGCGCUCAGAGGCCAUGCUACGAAACAGCAGGGGACAUUCUGGGUGAAUAUGGCCAUCAUCUGAGAUGAAGGAUGGCAAUUCUCUUCUGCCUUUUAACCUCCACCUCAGUUUAGAUUUGGUUCCUUGUGUUUUUCUGAAAUUUCAAAAGCAUGCAGUCUUCAGAGAGAUUGCCUGUUUCUGCUCUGGCCUGAGCUGUUCUAGCAGAGCGGAGUUACAUUUGUAUUUGCACCAGAUCACAUCAAGAGCCCACUAUCCAUUGGGGCACAGAAUGCACAUGAAUAUGCUCUAAUAUUCAAAGGGAAGAGAGAAAUGGGGUUUGGGAUCUCCAGAAAGAUACUGAAACAGCCAUGACUUGUUUCUGCAAAAGAGAAAUUGAUAUUAGCGCCAUGUCAGCACUGUGGACGGGGUGGGUGUGUUUAAAUCAAACAAUUCCCCUGGAGCAUUUCUGUCUUGUUGGAUUCUGUGUUUCAUCUGUGCAUAAUGGAUAUGUUUUGAGAGGAGCUUGUAAGUAAACAGACCGAUCAAUUUGGAGUUGUAAAUAGUGUUUUUGUGCCUACCUCCAUACUGUAUAGCUGAAAAGAGUAGUUCAGAAUGGAUACUGUUUUAGCCUCUUCUCUGGCUUUAGCUAAAACCCCCAUUUCUCCUAUAGCAUAAGGUUGAUUAGCACUACCAGGUUAUCCCUACUGGAAGCAAUUUAGUUUUGGGUAUCAUGCUAAGGCUGGAAGUUCAGCAAAACCUCCAGACUGAAAAUAAAUGAAUAUUGAAUAUUGAAUGAAUGGAUUCCUGCAAAGUGACAAUGACCCCUACAAACUUUAGUUGCUUUUCUUCUGAACAAAUGCAAAAUCAGAUGACCUUGAGUUUUUUAGGCUGCACACACCCAAAAUCUGGGUGUUCAAAUGAAUUGAUCAAUGGACACUUCACUAAUUCUCAUGCUAUUCCCUAACAUCUGGAGACUCAUAAUACUUUAAAAUAACUUACCAGUGUCCACUUUUUUAAUCAAUCAAGUGUUAAUCCAUCAGUUGAAAUUAAUUAUGAAAAUAUAUAAAAUUACUGUAAGGCUACAUAAAAUUGUUUGUGUAUACUGUUGUGACAAAAAGAAAUAAAAAAAAAUC